AUGUCAGAGUUAUUAAAAGAAGCUAAGAUCGGUCGUAGAAAUGCCAAAGCAACGUUAACUAGAGCAGGGGAAACAUUAAGACAUACACUCCACGUACAGCGACCAGCAGAGGAGGUUAAACAAUCGCUAACUAAGCUACAAGAAGCGUAUGAAAAAUUGAUAACUAAACACAAAGAACUUACUAAAUUAAUCGAAGACGAUGCGGAAUUCGAAACGGAAGAAGCCUGGCUAGCCGAGUGUCAGGAAGCUUUUAUGAAUUUUGAGAUAGAAGGCAAAAAACAUGUAGAUGAAGCUGCAAAACAAGUAAGCGAAGAAAAUAUAACAAACAGUCAGCCAAGCGCGAGUGCAAGUGACGCUCAUAACGAAAAUAAUAGCGACCAAAAUGAAAACAACAAUGUUAAUUUAGAGCAAGUUUUGCCAGACAACGCCUUGCCUGUCUCAAGUGAUGUCUGGACCGGAAGUCAAGCUGUCGCGACGGGGGGAGAGGUACCCACUGAAAACAGCGCGUGCGGAUUUAAGAUGGAAAAACCAAAAUUACCUAAAUUUUCGGGAGAUGUACGGGAGUACGCGAUAUUUAAAGCCGAUUUUAAGCACGCUACUGAACCAAGGUACUCUAAACGUGAUGCUGUAACACUUUUACGAACAUGUUUAAACGGAAGACCACUCGAACUAAUUAAGGGCAUCGGAACAAAUUACGACGCAGCUUGGGAAUACUUGGACUCGAUUUACGGUGAUCCUAGAGUAGUAUCAGAUACAGUAAUGCAAGAUAUAGUCAAGUUUAGAGCAUUAAAUAGUGACGAAGAUGCCCGAUUUUGUGAACUUGUACACUUGGUAAAGAGAAGUUAUAACACGUUAAAGGAAGUUGGUUUGCCAAAUGAUAUGGAUAACAGCCACAUGUUAUCGAUCAUUGAAAAAAAGAUGUGUGCUGACGAUAGAAAAGUUUGGUCACGUGAUCUCGAGAAAGACAAGAAAACAGAAUCGUUACAUGGCUUAAUGACAUGGAUGAAUAUCGAGAUGAAGUCCAGAAUGAGAGCGUCUGCACCAUUGAGAACAAGUAGCAAACAUUCAAUCAAUCAUUUAAAGCAAUUCCAGGGAGGCGAAGACCAAUUCUCAAACCACCGAUGUUGGCUUUGUAAAACGUCAUCCCAUUGGGUGGACCAAUGUGCGAAGUUUUCGUCCUUAAAUCAUGACCAACGCCUACAAUGCGCAAGAGAACACCACGCCUGUUAUAGCUGUUUAAAGAGAGCCGGUAGAAACCACCGGAUGUCGAACUGUUCUUGA